GGCAGCGAGAAUACAGCGAGCGGGAUUGCUGCAGCCUCCAAGAAAAUGGCUGCUCUCACAGCUCCCACUGUCUCGUCGUCCGCAGCCACCACCACCACUGAGCUGGCCGUUCCUCUCCCUGGGGUGGUAUUCCUUGCUGUCUCAUUGUAUCUCAUUGUGUUGCUGUUUCUUCUUCUCCUUCAUCAGUGUUUAAAGGCCCGAGGGUGCUGCCCAUCAUGUAUGGGUUGGCAGAGGGUUGGUGAGCUGGGAGUUUGUGAUAUGUGCGUGAGCUGUGCCCAGUCAUGUGAUUGCAGAGUCCCCUCGGUCACAAGGUGUAUGGACAGCUGCUGUCCCUCUAAGAAGUGUUGUGGAGAUUGCCGCUGUCCGUCAAGUUGUCCUCUCUGCGACUUCGCCUGCACUUACCAACCGCCUGACUGCAACCUCAUCAACUGCAUCUGCUUUGAGAUAAAGCUCCGGUGAUGGUAGCGGUGAAGCCGUGAGACUUGCAUCUCCAAGAGUGGACUUCUCUGUGCUGCUCCUGAGCUGUGUGAAUCCUUUCAUCUCUUUGUGUUCUCAAUCCCUCUUACCUAGGAGUGCGGUCUCAUCGGCCUGUGUUCUAGUCUGUCCUUUCUCCAGUGUUUUAUCUUUCAGGAUAAUUGGGGCAUAGGCGUUCUUACCUGUUCUGAAGCAACAAACCGCUGUUAUAAUGGGUAAUCUACUCCUACUACAACCCACGUGGCCAACUGAUUCAAACCUCCUUUUCCCUCAGUCUGCCGUAGCAAAGGAUCAUGGGACUUGCUGAUUUUAACUUUCACACAGGUCUAUUCCACCUGAGCAGGAGUUUCCAAAUUUGAGGCCUUUUUUUUUUUUUUUAAGUAGCCAGACUAAUGAAAUUGGUGGCCAAAGGAAAAGAGUGCCUACUGGACCAAUA